AUGAGAUUACAUUUGCGUAUUUUAAAAUCUUACGAAAAAUAACAAAUCCCAAAUUGCUUUCUUUAUAUUCACCAUAAAAAGCAAUCUUACUUUUAUUCAAUAAACACUCCAAAGGAAGUCUUCAAAGACUGGAGAUACUAUAAAGUUAGUUAAUCAGAAUCGAUAUUCAAAGCAUUUUAUACUAGAUUUGAUAUUUAGCAUAUUUCUGGAAUAUUCGGGCUUGUGAGUGCUUUAGAGAAAAACUACUGCUUUCAGUUCUUUGGAUGUAAUAUGUUUCUGAAAUACUAUUAAUACCUCACUACAUGUUUUGGUAUUAAAAUUAUCAAGAUGAGUGCUGCAAGCUUCUAAAAAAAUGAUUUCAAUUAUCUAGGCUUACUAAAAAAUCAAUAAUUUGAAAAAUUUAUAAAAAAUUUCAAUCCCAAAAUAUCUUUUUUACAACAAAUAAAAGAGAAAUUCCAAGGUGAGCAAAUUAAUUGUGCAAAUGAUUUACUCAAAUUUGAUGAUACUAAUUAAUUAAAUUAUUAUGAAGACGAAUGCUUAAAAGUGUAUGCAAUUUAACUUUAUUAAGAUGAUUCUCCAUAUAUGGCAUAGAAAGAUCCUAUUUAAAAAUUUGCCUAUCAUUUUAUGGAAAAAAAUGAAAAUAAAUUCUCAGUUAACACUGAAAAAUUAAGUUAACUCCCCUAAGUAUUCCAUAAAGCUCUUUUCAAACACGGAAAAGUUUAAGUUGAUGAUAAGAUUUAUAAUUUAGAAGAUUUUCAAGAAGAAGAAUAGAUCUCUUAAUUGUUAAUCUUAGAAUUACGCAAUGAAGAAGAGGUUGAUUAAUUCUUAUCUAAUCCCUACUUAAAAACUACUUUAUUUGAAAAUCUAGAUUUAAUUGUGCACCUUUCACCAAAAGAGGUUUUACUUAAUCCAAAAUACACAUAAUUCAUUAAAGAAAAUACUAAUGUAAAUCAUUUAAUAACGGCUUCUGGUUUCUAUUCCAUGAUCACAGAGAAACUGCAAUUUUUACCACAGGGCUUUUUAUCAUACAACAAGCAUCUUACUUAAUUGUUCCCUGGUAUUUAUCCUGUGAUGAAUCCUAAUUAUUUUUUUCCUUACAUCAAAGGAGCAAAUUCUUAACAAUAGCUUUUAGAAAGCUAACCAUUCUAUCAUGAGAAAGUAAAGUUAGCACUUUCUUUUGAAGUAAUUCAUAUGAAGCAUAAAAAUUCUUUCUACUAAUACCAGCCACCUUAAACAUUAGCCUUUGAUAAUAGUUUAUAUGAUCAACUCCUCUAAAGUUAAUAGAUUAAUAAAUUAAGAUAAAAAUUAUUAGCUUAUCAAGAACAAAAAGUCUUUUAAUAAAGAAAGUUUUACGUUUCUAAUCCUGAAUUAUAUCCUGAAAUUAUUACACUUGGUACAAGUAGUUCUCUAUCUACUUAACUGAGAAAUGUUAGUAGCUAUCUAGUUAAAGUAAAUCAAAACUCUAGUGUUUUAUUAGAUUGUGGACAUGGUACUAUGUUUUAGUUAUAGAAAUAAUUUGGAACUCAUGAUGAAAGAGAAUUAUUUGAAUAAGUUAGAAAUAUCAAAAUGAUAGUAAUAUCUCAUCAUCAUAGUGAUCAUCAUUUUGGAAUUAUUGAAUUUUUAUAAAUGAGAAAGGAAUUAUUUGAUUAGCAUGGUCAAAACAAUGAAUUUUAAUUAAACAAGCUUCUUAUUUUAGUGCCAGAACUUUUAUAAAAUUAUCUUGUUAAAUUUAUGGAUAUGGUUUAAGAUUUGAAUGCAAUUGUUAUACCACAUAAUAAUAUAAGUCCAAACAUUACAAAACAUUAAAAUAAUCUUUAAUUAACAAACCAAUAACUUCUUAAUGCUUUAACAAAAGAUAAUACUGAUGAUGAUGAAAACUUGUUAAAUUUUGAUUAAAAAGAUGAAGAGUUAUUAGAAUAAAAUAGGUAAUAACGUGAUUACCAUUAAAAACUAUUUUAGGAACGCGUUUCACAAAUGCAAUUAAAACACAUCUAUAUCUUCCCAAUUUUCCAUUGCUACGGAUCAUCAAGUAUUAAAAUAGAACUCAGCAAUGGUAAAACUUUAGUUUAUAGUGGAGAUGGCCGUAUAAACAAUAAGCAUAAGAUUAAUUUUGAAAAAUGCGAUUUUUUAAUUCAUGAGUGUACUUUUUCAGGCUAAAACAAAGCAGAGGCAAGUUAAAAAAGGCAUUCAACAUUUGAUGAAGUUGUAAAUUUUGCAUAUGAAAAUAAAGUGGAAUGCUUAAUAUUAAGUCAUUUUUCUCCUUCACAAACUGAACAAUAAAUAGGUAGAAAUAUUAGCCCUAAAAACUAUUUUUACUCUUAUUAUGAAAAAAAACUUGAGAAUUAUAUCAAUAGCAAAACAAUAUUUGCAACAGAUAAUCUAAUAAUUAAUGAAAAAAAUAAAUAAAAUUUAAUUGAAGCCUCAAGAGUUAUUUUCAAGAUUUGUUCUUCAUAGAAUUGA